AGAAUGGCAGCUGUGGCACUCAAUGGAUCGAACAUAACUACGGGGAACUUUACGAAUCAGUUUGUUCAGCCGCCUUGGCGCAUUGCCCUGUGGUCGGUCGCCUACAGCUCCGUUUUGGCGGUGGCUGUGUUCGGAAACCUCAUUGUCAUAUGGAUAAUUCUCGCCCACAAACGAAUGCGGACAGUCACCAACUAUUUCCUUUUGAACUUGGCAUUUUCGGACGCAUCUAUGGCCGCCUUCAACACUUUAAUUAAUUUCAUAUACGCUGCCCACGGAGACUGGUACUUCGGAGAGGCUUAUUGCAGGUUUCAAAACUUUUUCCCCGUCACCUCCGUGUUCGCAAGCAUCUAUUCGAUGACUGCAAUUGCCGUGGAUAGGUACAUGGCCAUCAUCCACCCUCUGAAGCCCCGGUUGUCGGCUACAGCCACCAAGGUGGUGAUCAUGUGUAUCUGGGCGCUGGCCGUGGUGCUGGCCUUCCCACUCUGCUUCUACUCCACCAUCCGCAUCCUGCCCCGCCGAACCAUCUGCUACGUGGCCUGGCCCCGCAAGGAGGACGACCCCUUCAUGUUUCAUAUCAUUGUGAUGGUACUGGUCUACCUGCUGCCCCUAAUGGUAAUGGGAAUCACCUACACCAUCGUCGGGGUGACUCUGUGGGGGGGAGAGAUCCCAGGGGAUUCUUCUGACAGCUACCACGGCCAGCUCCGGGCCAAGAGGAAGGUGGUCAAGAUGAUGAUCAUCGUGGUGGUGACCUUCGCCCUCUGCUGGCUGCCGUACCACGUCUACUUCAUCGCGACGGGCCUCAACAAGGCUCUGAUGAGGUGGAAGUCCAUCCAGCAGGUCUACCUGUCAGUGCUGUGGCUGGCCAUGAGCUCCACCAUGUACAACCCCAUCAUCUACUGCUGCCUCAACAGCAGGUUCCGGGCCGGCUUCAAGCAGGUGUUCCGCUGGUGCCCCUUUGUCCAGGUGUCCAGCUAUGACGAGCUGGAGCUGAGGGCCACGCGCCUCCACCCGGCCCGCCAGAGCAGCAUGUACACCUUGUCUCGCAUGGAUACCGCCGUGGUAGUGGUGUAUGACCCUGUAGACAGAACAAACAACCAGAACCAGGCCAGGAAGAAGAGCUAUGUCAACCCUAGAGUGGAAAACGGGCUUGGUUGCAAUAGGAACGGGGCCAAGGCAGGCUGCGCCCCCAAUGCUGAGGCUGAGGACUUCUCCUAAAGGAGGGCAUACGAGAAAGCAGACAAACACACUGGCAUGUGUUCACACACGCAGGCAUGUAUAGAGUGGUAACUUAUACUGUGUA